AGUGUAGUGUAUAUAAACACUGAGACACGCGUCCAAUCUGUCACCACUGAGGCUCAGAGACGACUUCACCAGCUCAGCGACCAGACAUGGCUCCGUGGGGUGACUCCAAACUCUUCUCCUGCUUCUGCAUCCUCGUCAUCACCUGCUACUGCACAGUGACAGUCGCUCAGAUCCCCAUGGACUGCUGCCUGAGCGUCAAGAACAAGAUGAUAGAGAGACGACGGAUCGUGGACUACAGUCUUCAGACCAGUGGACACGGCUGCUCUAUCGAUGCCACCAUCCUGCUGACCAUACGAGGCCGGAGGCUCUGUGUCCCCACCAACGAACCCUGGGUCCAAACAGUGAUGAGCCACGUGGACCGCCAGAAGGCACGGUGCAAGGGAAGCUGCAAGAGCAAACGCGGGGCCCAAGGGAGGCGUGCUUGACCUCUGACCCCUUCAGCCACCUUGACGACAACAUCGGGCCUCUACGAGUCAGGGAGGAGACGCAGUGACUCAAACCAAUUUAAAUAAUAAAUCAUUAUAUUGAGAGGAUCUUCUUAUACUAAACAGCCAUUUCUCUAUUUUUGUAAAAAGUUUAUGUUUGUAAGAUACAUUUUUCUUUGAGUGGCAAAAAUAUAAAUUAAAAAUUGAGUUUUUUUUAUACUUUUAAACAUUUUAUUUUGGGCAUUUUUCCAAGGAGUGUGGAAUCGAAAAAUGUGAAUGAGUGAGUGUGUGGCUCAUCAAACUGUGAACAACUGAACUACUCAGGCAGCUGCAGAUUGUUGGAAUGGAUUCGAAUGAUUGUUGAACAUUUUUCAGAAUAAAACAAGUUUCCUGCCAAUCCUGA